UGAAAAGGUUCAAGUAUUUGCGAUUCGGGUUGUAUUUCCUAUAUUUUAAAAAUUGGUAAUAAAUAUGACUUGGAUUAGCCCUUUUAAAAAUAAAUUGAGUGCCAUCUACUGGGUGGAUAGUCACUUGCGAAUUUUAAGCCCUCAGUCAGAGCCACCUGUGAAAAAAAUUUGCCAAGAUGUAAAAAUGGCGUCCCAGUGUUUGUGUAGAAUAAUUUUCGCAAACAAACCAAAUUUUGAUUAAACGACCUGAUUUUAUAUACCUUCAUUUGAAAAUGGUAACGUAUUUAGUAAUUUAAAAUGUCCGAGAACCAGUAAACCGUUAAAAAUUUGGAAAUUGGAAUGAAUUUGAAUACAUGGUGUUUUUGCGCCCAAUUGUGAAUGAAAAAUGCACUGAAAAUGGAAACGAAAUUGUGCAGGAUAUGUGGAAGAACCGGCCUGAACUUUCUGCAUAUAUUUCAGACCGAAGGCUUGCGAAAUAAGAUUGAAACUUGUCUGCCAAUUGUUGUCACCCCACAUUGUCUUCUACCAGAAACUAUAUGUGGAGAAUGCCUGGAGUGUGUAGAAAAUUUUUACAAUUUUAUCAAAAACUGCCUGCAGAAUAUCAUAGUUUUGGAAACCCAGCUGGACAUUCAUGAAUCUUGCCUCAAAACAAAGCGGAAAAAGGAUAAAAGUUGUUGGGCUGCAUUACCAGUAGAAAACAACACGCAGUCCAUACAAACUGAAGACUAUUUGGAUAUUUUGCUAGGCGAAAACAAGUUACCUAUUCAUGAUUUUCCGUUAACUUCCACUUUUCUAACACAAUCUUUGAGGAACAGUAAAAGUAGCAAGAUUCUAGUUGAUUAUGACUUAUCCAACUCCAGCACUGAUUCAGAAGAUGAACAAAGUACAGGAAGAGUUAUUUCAGGUGAUAAAAUAACUGCCUUGAGCCAGUUAAAUGAUUUAGUAGGUGUGAUAUUAGGUAAAAAGUACAAACAGACAUAUUUAGAUGAUGCAGGGAACACAUUAAUACAUGAAAUAUCAGAACGCAAAAAUUUGAAAAGAAAAAGUAACACUAUAGAGAAUUCCCUGACUAAAAUAUGCAGGUAUGAUUCUGGGAAUAGGCGCAAAUGUAAGCAGCCUCAAAAAGUUGAAAAACCUUCUGAUGAAUUACCAGAAAAUAAGGUUACCAUAAAGGAAGAAGAAGAUGAUGGGGAUGAUAGAGGUGUGGGAAUGGAGAGCAUUAUGCUACCCCAGCAUUGUUUGUUGUGCAGCAUUCAGCUAGAAGGGCCAGCUGCUUUGGCGGCUCAUUUCGUAGAGUGUCAUGCCAAACAAUAUGCUGGCCCUCAAGCAAAUACCCUGCUAGAUCCAGUAAAGUCCUCUCCUGAACCUAAUGUCGAAAAGAAAAAGAAAUCGAUUCCUAACUUGGUCAAGAUAUCUGAUUUAAGAAAAAGUGAUUCUGCAGAUGAUGGACCACCUCAAGAAGAGCAUCCAUCACAUUCUAUUCCGAGCUUCGAGUGUCCCAACUGUCCAGCCGUGUUUACCGUUAAAAACGAUCUCAUGUUACAUUUGACCUUAAAACACGUGGACUUGUCCGCCUUCUUAUGUGGAUUGUGCCUGGCGCAGAACAAUUCCCUAUCCAACUUAAAAUCGCACCUGCAAACCUGCUCGAUUAACCACCCGCUCACUCACCGGUACUACUGCCAAGUGUGCCUCUACAGCGACGAUAACGAACGGCUGCUGGAAAAUCACGUGCUGGUGCAUAAGUUUUUGCUCGACAAUUGUCGCAAAGACGUCAAAAAUUUCAAUCCUGAGGAUUACGUAGAGAGAAAUAGCGGUUACACAAACGCCGGUUCUCCGAUAAGAUCGUUCGUGUGUCUCGACUGCGGCAGAUCAAACUUUGGCUCGUUCACCGAGUUUUCCGGCCACCGUCGAAUGAACCAUUCCAUAUAUCACUGCGAUUUAUGCAACAAGUUCUAUGGCCGCAACUCUCACCUCUGGAAGCACGUGAACCGACUUCACAGGGGACACCCGAGCGUCACGUGUCAGAUAUGCUUCAAAACCAGCGCCUCGAAAUAUCACCUCGCUCAGCAUUUUUCGAAAAUCCACCAGGCGAAACCGACGAAAAAGGAAAUCGUUCCCAAACUCGAACCGUACGACUUGAACGCGAUCAAAGAGAGUUUCGUCGAUCAGGAGGACGACAAUUCACUGAACCAACUGUCGGACCAGGAGAACGAUGGAUAUAUGGACGUGAAGGUAGCUCCGAAGGAGAUCGAUUCGUCCCACAACUUAUACACCAACAUCAUCACGAAUUACACCCCGCCAGCGAACGAGGGCGACUUCAAGUGCCCAAAGUGCUCGAAGGCGUUCCACAAGAAGAUGUUGUUGAAGAAGCACAAGAAAAACUGUCGACCCAAACUCCAAAAAGACCUGCUGACCAGGUGCAAAUCGUGCGCGAGGAUAUUCAAAGACCGUCAGAGUCUGACGAAGCACUUGGUCAACUACCACUCGGAGUACAUUUGCGAGAUCUGCAACGAGAAGAUGCAGAGCAAGUGCGAGAUCGUGUCGCAUAUAAGGUUCCAGCACCCGUCCAGCCAUUUGGUGUGCGCAGUGUGUCAGAAUAUUCUCAGGUGCAGGAAGGACUUGCUGGAUCAUCUGGCCGACCACGGCAACUCUUACGUGUGCCAGUUUUGCGCGGAUUCUUUGCCCAGUAAGGUAAAACUGAAAAUGCACAUAUUGAGUUUGCACCGCAAAAUCCUGAGCCUGAGCUGCGGCAUUUGCCUCAAGCUGUUCGAGAACCAGCACGUUUUGAGGGACCACGUGACCCUCGUCCACAAGGACCGUUUGGAUCCGCUCACUUCGUGCCCCGUCUGCGGCAAAAACUACGGCUCCAAGUGGAAGACCUACGAUCACCUGAACAAAUCCCACGGCCGUAUAUUCAGGGCGUGUAAAGUGUGUUUGGAAAUAUUCGAUACGGACGCGCAGCUAGAGGCUCACGGCAAAGUUUCCCACGUCAAUCAGCCUCCCGUUACUUAUUCGAUCAAACCGAAUCCGGCGGCACUGCUUUCAGCCGGGAUUAAUAACAAUCGAAAUAGUUACUUUACAGAUAGCGAAGGAAGCAACGAGGCCAGCGACAACAGCGAAACGGAAGACGAAGAUCAAGAGGACAACGAGCCAGAACCAAAAGACCACGCCAAAAACUUAACGGAACGUUUUCCUGGCUUUGGUAGUCAGGAUAAUAAAAUUUCAUUGCUGGAGAAACGACUGAUGGGUAAAAAAAUCACAUCCGAUGACAUAAGCAACGGGAAAAGCAACGGUUCCGCACAAAACAACCCGUCGGACCCUCAAAAGACCGCUGCAGCGGAGGGGAAAAACGGAAAGGACCAUUGUCCGUUGAAAAAGGAAACUCAGGGCCCGGAGCAGGGUCAUAACGGCAGCUCCUCAAAACGCACCGUAUACGUGAACAGUAACGAUCCCUCCUGCUGCGAUAUCUGCCACAAAACGUGGCCGGCGAAGAAGCACCUAUGGCAGCAUUAUAUCAGGUGUCACAAGAGCGUGGCCGCGACAGUUUGCGGUAUCUGUCUCAAAACGAAUGCCGAUUACGAGAGCCUGCAAACGCAUUUGAAAGACACGCAUCCCACGUUGCUGUACGGCCAGGGUUUCGGCUCCAAUUUCAUAUGUAGGAUCUGCGGGCGGUACCACAACGCGAGCUCCAAACUCAAACUGCACAUGGUCAUACACGAGAACUUCGACUGGGGCCUUUUGGAACGUAUCGCUCCCGCGGAAAGCCGAUCGGCAGCCGCGAGGCCGCAAAGAAACGGCCAUAAAACCGACGACGAGCCAGCCGAAGAAAAUGGGGACUCUUGUAACGGAAAUGACGAUAUGUUCGACGACCUGAUCGAGCAGAUCGAGGAGUCUUCCAAUUCGAGCGGCUUGGACGAGAAAAAAGGAGACUCCUCGUCCGAAGAGUGCGGCGACGAUGCCGGAAGCAAAACGUUUCCGGUUUUGAGUGCGAAGCAUCCUCUGAGUGGCGAAAGGUGCGGCGAAAGCUGCGCUAGCGACGAAUCUUCCUCGACCGUGACGGACGGGAACGGAAAAAGUGACGAAUACUCGUCGGAAGAGGACGACGACGAUCGUUCUCAAAACUCCCGUACAUCGGACGGCGGCAGCACCAUCGACAGCGGCGGUAGCGCGUUCGGGCGCGUGCCCGAAGAACUCGAUUCUGCCGUCAAGUCCAUCAGUUAUGACGGUCCACCUAGGAAACGGGCGGCGGAUACUGAGGAGUUUGCCGAGUUGCAAAGCGGCUGUGCCCACAACGAGAACGAAAUCGAGUCCGCUGUCGGCAGCAUUUUGUAGGAUCCGUAAGCGUCCUCGUCUAAUACUCUAGCCUUCCACUAGCCUCUUCCUGUCUCGAUAUAUAUAUUUCUUACGUUUACAUCUGGACGAAUAUUUUGUGUUCGGGCAAACAAUUGCCGGUAACGCUAAGCGGCGGAAACGCCCUUUACCUCCAACCAUGCUUCCCAUUGAUUUUUGUCGGACCGUUGCGUAAGUAGCGUCUCGCAUGUUGCGGUUUAUUUGAACUACUUCUGCAGCCUACAAGGCGGCGUAUUCGAAUCGACCCCAAUGCAAGAAGUUGCGCAAACAAGUCAGUCCGUUUGCGAGGGAAAUUUUGGUUUUUGAUCACUCCCAUCAAACAGGAAAUUUGUGGAUCAUUUUUAUUCACUUUUUAUCUAUAAAAAUUACGUUUUAAAAAUAUUUUUGCACCUCGCAUUUCUUUUACAUUUUUUGGCCUUCAAAAUGAAAAGUAAUUUUAUUGUUGUUUAUUUUUUUAAAACGUUAAAAAACGAAUGAUAAAUAUUUAGAUAUUGGUGAUCAAAAAUAUCCAGCUAGCUCCUUGUAUUACUGCGCAAAGCAGUUAUUCAGCUCGUUGAUUCAAAAGACUGAUUUCAUAUAAUCCUGAUCAAUAUUACUGAAUGAUAUUGGGUACUUAAAUAUAUAUUAAGUAUUUUGUGUUUUUAAUUGUGAUUACUUUUGCCAUAUUAUUAAUGUAUGUAUUGCUAACGUUUUGGUGUCCGAGUCUUGGGUUUUUUUAUUCGAGGCUGGUAAGUGAUAAUGAAAGAGAGAUUACAGUUAACCUACCUAAAUUCUGAUCUCCUAAGUUAAGGAAGAAGCCUGGAACCUGUAUAUUUUAAGUUUUGCCAUUGGGUACUACUAGGUGUAGUUCGAGUCUUUCCAGACGAUUUUGCCAGUAUUUUAGAUGUUUAAGGAAAACCCAUCCGGUUUUCGGUUUACAAGCAAUGUUACGGGUUUUAACUUCUUCGAAUUGGAUUGUCUUGCGUAUUUUGAUGUUUUCCCGUGAUAAAUUCGAAAUAAAGGGCCUGUGUGACGUGUUUGUUUUGUAGCCAUUAGGAAAGUUUGUCGUAUUUUUAUAAUAAUUUAUUUUUCUACUUGUAAGAACUUUUUCAGGACUUGUAUUGCAGAAAUGUUUUUUUCCACCAAUAAACUCAUAGAAGAAACCAUUUUUGCAUGUUGUCUAUUUUAAUGCAUUCCUCAUUAUUAAAACGUGUAACUGUGUA